UCCAGCUGGUCAUGAGAGACUCUCCAGCUUUAAAAACUCUGCCUCCUCCUUCUGUCUCUCUGUCAUCAUCUCCGAAUCUGCUUCAUUGCAUCCAUCGCAUCGCGUCUCUCGUUCCAUUGCUUCAUCUACACUCGCUUACUGCAAAAUGUCUACCACUACCUCCUCCUCCGCUGCUGCUGCCACCUGCACUGGCAACGCCUGGGUUCUCCCUGUCCAGGACAUCGCCUGCGGUCUGAUCUCCACCUCCGACAAAUACUCCGACAUCAUGGACAAGUGCUGCGGGGACGCCGAUGUCGAGAGCUACAACGACGACUGCGGCCUCUACUGUCUCGCCCAGGGCCAGUCCGGCAACGACCUCCUCGACUGCAUCCGCGAGGAGGGCGCAAAGGACGGCGAUUUCUUCUGCGGCGGCGGAAACCUCACACAUACUGCCUCUGCUGCUUUGCCUAGCAGCACGGCCAACAAGGAUAACGACAGUGACAACGACAGUGACAACGAUGCCGACAGCGAGGAUUCCUCUGACGGCGAGGACAAUGCGGCUGUGCGCGCGCCGGCUGUGAACAAGGCUGGGCUGGGUGUUUUGGCGAUGCUCUUCUGCACUGCUUUGCUUGGUUAUGCUGCGUGAGCUUCAUGCAGAGUAUUGGCAUUAGAUGGAUUUGCGGGACAUAUUCAAUCAUGAUCUGUUGAUUUUUUAGUUACAUUUUUUUU